AUGAUAUAUAUAAACCACCAUUACUUUAUUAUACACGUACACACCGAAAGAAAAAAAAAAUCAAAAAUUCGUGCUUGUCAGUUUGCGCCAAGUGGUAAGAAAACGAUUCUAGCUUUUGUUUUAUUCUCCGGCAUAAAACACACGGCGGAAGAUGGCGGCAGAGAGUCUGAGAACGAAAUGGAUGGCUGUGACGGCGAGCAUAUGGAUCCAGUGCACGUUAGGAGGUUCUUACACCUUCGGAAUCUACUCGGCAAUCUUGAAAUCAUCUCAAUCAUACGACCAAUCAACCCUUGACACAGUCUCCGUCUUCAAAGACAUUGGUGGUAACGUCGGCGUUUUGUCUGGACUUGUUUACACCGCAGCCACCUUUAAUCGCCGUCGCCGUGACGGACGGGGAGGUAGAGCAGGUCCGUGGGUGGUGAUCUUGAUCGGAGCGGUUUUGUCCUUCACCGGUUAUUUCCUUAUCUGGGCAUCCGUGACCGGUUUGAUUAGAAAACCGCCGGUUCCGGUUAUGUGUCUGUUUAUGUUCAUAGCGGCUCAGUCUUUAACGUUUCUUAAUACGGCCAACGUUGUUAGCUCCCUUGAGAAUUUCGCCGACUAUGGCGGCACUGCCGUCGGAAUAAUGAAGGGCUUUGUUGGUCUAAGUGGAGCAAUGUUAAUACAACUCUAUGAAACAAUAUGCCCUGGAGAUCCAGAGAGUUUCAUUCUUCUACUUGCAAUAGUACCUUCACUCCUCUCUGUAUUGGUGAUGCCACUAGUCAGGAUAUACGAGACCAGCACGGUCGAUGAGAAGAAGCAUUUAGAUGGUUUAUCAACUUUGUCUAUAAUCAUUGCAGCUUACCUUAUGGUCAUUAUCAUUGUGAAGGGCAUUCUUGGUUUACCAUCAUGGGCCAAUACCGUCACGCUUGUAGUUCUACUCAUCCUCCUUGCCUCGCCUCUACUUAUUGCCAUAAGAGCACGCCGAGACAAUAUCAAGAAACCAUGUUAUUCUCCUCUUGUAGACAAUCUAGAAGCAACAACCUCUGGUGAGAGCUUGGCGGUGGUUGAAGAUAAAAGCUUGAAUCUCUUACAAGCUAUGCGUAAUGUAGACUUCUGGUUACUGUUUCUUGCUAUGGUAUGUGGAAUGGGAUCAGGGAUUUCGACGAUAAACAACAUCAGACAAAUAGGUGAGUCUCUUAGAUACUCUAACGUGGAGAUAAACGCAUUGCUGUCUUUGUGGAACAUAUGGAACUUUAUUGGUCGGUUUGGAGCUGGUUAUGUUUCGGAUGCAUUGCUACAUAGAAAAGGAUGGCCACGUCCUUUGUUAAUGGCUACAACUCUUGGAGCCAUGACCAUAGGACAUCUGAUCAUAGCCUCUGGUUUUGAAGGAAACCUAUACCCCGGUUCGGUUAUCGUAGGAAUAUGUUAUGGCUCACAAUGGUCGUUAAUGCCGACGAUAACGUCAGAGUUGUUCGGGGUUAAACAUAUGGGAACAAUCUAUAACACAAUUUCGAUUGCUAGUCCUAUGGGUUCGUAUAUCUUCUCAGUGAGAUUGAUUGGUUAUAUCUAUGAUAAGACCAUUAUUGGAGAAGGUAACACGUGUUAUGGUCCUCAUUGUUUCCGGUUGUCCUUUGUGAUUAUUGCAUCUGUGGCUUUCCUCGGGUUUCUUGUCUCCUGUGUGUUGGUAUUCCGGACAAAGAAUCUGUAUCAGCAUAUCUUUGAGAAGAGGUUGCGUCGUUGAUAAGAGUUGUUGUGACACACUACUUGUGAAUUUCAUUGUUCAGGUACACAGUAUUGCACAGUACUGCCAUUUGUGUUUGUAUAAUUUGUAAUGAUUGUUGAAUAUAUAUUGUGUAAAUAAGUACAUAUGUAGUUUAUUUGUGUGAGGUUCUUUGGUUUUCAUGUAAAAUUUCAUUUUAGGUAAGUGUAAAUAUGGUCUAAAUUAGUCAGUGGAGUUUAGUUGUUGUAUGACGUAAAUGAA